CGUCUCCACUGCCUUCUUUUCAUUUGCUGCUCUUUUCAUCCCGCCUGUGUGCGCCGCAUCCAUACCAAGAUCCUCUGACUUUAUUCUCCACAUGAUCCUCGCAGCUUUCACCGGAUCUAAUAACAUAAUUGAGCUGGUAGCGCCUUCGAAAACACGGGACCAACACAUCGCGUCUGACCGACAGCUGAUCGGCGCUUUUUACGGGUAUCGUUGCUCCACCUAUAAGUCCUCCCCUCUGAACGUCUCCUCCGCCCUCUCACACACUCUUUGCCAUGCAGGAGGUGUAACCCUCCUUCCUCCUCUUCCUUGCGCUCCAUCGGAGGAGACCUGAAAUAGAAAAAAAGAAAAAGAAAAUCCCAACCUGUAACCAGUCAAGAUGUCAGACCCCGCUGCCUCCUCGACGGCAGACCGCCCACUGCCGCUCACCUCCCCCCGAACCCCCCUGCAGCUCUCCUUCCCCUUCCUGAGGGAGGGCAGUCGGGUUUGGGAGAGGGAGAGGAAACCGCCGCAGCCCGGAGAGCUGCCCAGCCCGCUGCCCACCAAGCGCACCCGCACAUACUCAGCGACAGUGCGAGCCAAAUCAAGUCCGGUAUAUAAAGGGGUGUGUAAAAACUUCUCCAGGUCUCAGGGUCAUGGAUUCAUACGCCCCUCCCACGGAGGAGAGGACAUCUUCGUCCACAUCUCUGACAUUGAUGGAGAGUACGUGCCUAUGGAAGGGGACGAGGUCACGUACAAGGUGUGCCCCAUCCCUCCCAAGAACCAGAAGAUCCAGGCUGUGGAGGUGGUGCUCACUCACCUGAAUCCAGUCACCAAGCACGAGACCUGGUCAGGUCAGAUCAUCAGCUCCUAGACCACCCGCUCCAGGACAAGGAGGAUUUGGAUUUAGUUUUAGGUUUUAUGUUUUUUCAAGGUGUGAGGUUUGGGUGGAGAUUUUGGGAAGAGGGAUCGGAGCUUGGUGUGCUGCGGAGUUCGGCCUGCGGUGGCAGGAAGUAUGUCGGUGAAACGUUUGUUUGAGGUUUGGGAGGUCAAGCUUUGAAUGUAUUUGUCUGAAUGUUUUCCUGUGACGGUCAUCAUGUUUUUAUAUAGGGUUUGAAAGUUAGGGUUCAGGGCUUGGUGGUAGAUUUUUUUUUUACUUUGACCUGAGGAAUAUAUUUUACCUGAGAUCAGGGGUUGUUAGGGAAGCGAUGUCGUCAAUGAGCUGGGAUGCUAGAGAGGCCGAAUCACAUUUUGAGCAAAUCUGACUACAGUUCUGCUGCAUAGACGCUUCAUUUGCACACGACAGACAGGAGAGUUUAAGUUUCAAGCGACCAGCUCAAUGGAGCUCUGAGCUUCAAUCCCGCUUUUAUUGUCCUUCUUUCUAUAAGCCACCGACUGAUGUAAACGACAUGCCAGCACUGCCAAAAGUCAUGUGACAAACAUCCGAUUGAAAAAUGCACAAUUUAGCCAUGUUAUGUUGUGUUUACAAAGACUAACGGAGAUGGUUGAAUCCCAGGAAAAUUACAUUGACAAAAUUGCAUUUUUCGUCUCUGUUGUUUAUUAUCAGGCUUAAAGGGACAGCUGCUGAGAUCUGCCUUCAUCUCACUGCCUUCAGAAAACAGAAACACUUUAAGGUGGCUUGAGGUACCACAAAAAGCCUGCUGGUACAUGGCUGCCAAAUGGAAACAAUCAAUGCACUUACAGCGUAAAGCAACUCUGACACAAAUAGCUCUUAAUGCGCUUCGGCCUCGAGAGCUGCGAUAAGCUCUCUGAAUAAGGAGUUAUUUUCCUUCUUAAUAUUGUAGCACUACUCUAUUUUGUCUACUCGGCAAGUGUAGAAAUCCAGUAUUAUUGUAGCCAUCUCCUAUGACGGUCUUCAGUUCUGGUGGUAGAGACAGCAGCUGGAUGACGUGUGGGCCUGCCACUGAGAAACCAGGCCAGAGGGUUUUUGGUUGGGGGAAGUAAAACUGCAGAGAGAGGACGGUCGGGGAACGGGCGGAGGAUGGAGUGAUUAUCUGUAGAUGCACUUGAGCAGUUAGAUUUGAAGUGAAACAAAGCACGUGUAAUCAGGAAGACCACGAUUAAAGUCAAAUAAGCCCAUAAAGGAAAUAAGAAUCACCCAUAAGAUGUUAAAGAGGAGGGUCAAGCUGAGGAAGAUAAAUCGCUGAUUUUUUUAGGUGGAAAGUGAAAACAUGGGAAAGUCCAGUAAGUUUCAUACGUCACGGCAAACGACUGUGAAAACAAAAACCGAAGGCUUCCUGAUGUAAGUUUAAAAAGACUUUAUUUAUUGACUUAUUUAUUUUCAUUUGUAACUAUGAGACCAUCAGGGUUUUGGUAAUUAAAAGCUGCAUUUAUAAGUACUUGUGCAAAGUUAAAUUUGAAUACACUGCACACCUCACUCUAAUGAUACUACCCUGUUAAUAUCCCUUUGCUACUGUCAUGUUAUCAUUGACACACAAAAAAAGUUUCUAAUUUCUACAUAAUUCUUGUCUAAUUUUUAAUAACUGUGUGGUGUUCGAAAUAACAAGCACGUUUGUUGUUUUGGAAAUCGGGCAUGUUCUGUACCUUUUUGCUGUGAUUUCUUUUUUUUAAGCGUAGAAUGCGUUGAUUCUGUUUCAUCAUGCGGUAACGCAGCUGGAGCCUUCAGAGAGGCAUCGUUAGGUCUCCCUUGCAUCUUCGAUGUGUCGCCAUGCGUGUGAAUUAACAUAUUAGCAACACACAGCAUCCGUUUGUUUCCUCGCUGUGAGACAAACACGUUUGAUUGUGUUCACAAGCACUUUUCAUUUCUGUCAAAUCACUGUAACAUCGUCUUUUGUCAUUAAGUUAAAGUUUGAAUAAAACUUACUACUGGAUUCACA